AAAAGUGAAAAAUCAGGGGUAGCUGAUCAACAUGAUGAUUUGAUGAUGCAUUUGGGGAAAAUUAAAACAAAUGGUUUAAUAUUAAAAUUUAUAAAAUCGAUUAUAAUAAUUACCCAGAAUAAUAAUUAUUAUAAUAGAAUUAAAAUGCAAUAA